UAUUCGUCUGUCACUUUCCUUAAAUCUAUCACUUUGCUUCCUCUUCUUCUGCCGAGACCAGAGGCUGUUUACUGCCCUUCUCCGUGCGUCGCCCACUUUCCUCAAAUCUCUCUUCUUGUGCCGAGACCAGACGCUGUUUGCUGCCCUUCUCUGUGCGUCGCUCACUUUCCCGAAAUUAAGUCUUUUUGUGCCAAGACCAGAGGCUGUUUGUUGCCCUUCUUCGUGCGUCGCUCACUUUCCCAAAAUCGAGUCUUCUUGUGCUGAGACCAGAGGUUGUUUUCUGCCCUUCUCUGUGCGUCGUUCACUUUACCCAAAUCGAGUCUACUUUGCUUCCCUUUCUUGUGCCGAGACCAGAGGCUUUUUGCUGCAAAUCUUUGAAGUAUCAUCAUGCUGUAACAAGCUCUUUCCGUCUUCUUUUCAUUCUCUUAAAAAAGCUAGAGAAGUUUGCUGGUUAAAUCACUUUCUGGGUUGUGUUCUCUCAUCUCUGCAUCUUUUACUGUUAUUGUCAACAUCUUCCAACACUGUCUGUCACUGUCACUCAGCACAGAUGACAUGCAAAGAGAUGAAGCUGAAGAAAAUGACAUGGAAAGAGAUGAAAAUGAAGAUGAAGAUGAACUUGAAGAUGACGACUACGAAACUUUUAGUGAUGAUAGUGAUAAGAAUGAAGAACAUGAGUUUGCUUAUUCUAAAAGCGAUUGAUGAUGGAACGACGGUUAAAGGGAAGCAUUCAAAAUCGAGACUUAGAUCAACAAAUUCCUAUAUAAGUAUGUCCUUGCCUACAAAUGCUAGUGCGUUUGUUGAUCUAUCUAUUCAACCACAGAUGCAGCAGGUCAAUAAUGAUGUGCCAUUUGAGCCACUUUCUUUGUUGGGUGCAUCUACAGAGCAAGUAGAAAAUGAGACAUCUACUCACGAUUCUUGUAGAUCCCAAUUUUUUGAUUUAGGUGCAAGUGUAGAUGAUACAACCUCAAGGUCAAGGGGUAGGGGGCCUGGUGUAGGAUUACAAACUCCUGUAAAUUUAUUCGACAAAUUGCGUAUAACUCUUAUUGGGGAGAGAUAUGUUAUCUUGUAUUAUAAUGAAAUUGUUAUAUUUGUUAAGAAUUUUAAUAUAUCAAAAUUUUCUUUUAUAUUCUACAAGUACUUUUUUUUGAGCAAGGGGUCAUAG